AUGACUUCUAUGGUGCGCUCCAGGUCUAAAACAGAACGCACAGUAGCUGAUGAAAUUCGUUCGGAUGGCACUCGUGCUAUCAUCAUAACUGAUACUUUUGAAGAAACCAUUGAACAAGUUGCACCAGUUAUAAAUCAAAUAAAUCAUACAACUCCAAUAAAUCAUAUAAAUCAAAUAAAUCAAAUAAAUCAUAUAAAUCAAAUAAAUUAUAAUAUUAUCAUGGUGAAUAAAUCGCCAUCAUUUGAAAUUCCUAUUAUUAAGAUCAAUGAUAAUAGCGAACCUGAGAUAGAUAAGGUAAAAGAAGAAGAAGAAUUAGUGAAAGAAAAAAAAGUUGAACAACAAGAGUAUAAUAAAUCGAAAGAUAGUGAAAAGAAGCAAGAUGAUGAUAAAUUAAUCAAUAAUGAUAAUCUGGGUAAUGAGGUCAAAGAAGGAAAAAAAGUUGAGCAGCAAGAGAAUAAUAAAUCGAACAAUAAUGACAAGAAGCAAGAAAAUAUUAAAUUAACCAUCAGUAAUAAUAAUUAUAUUAUCAAUGAGGUCAAAGAAGGAAAAAAAGUUGAGAAGCAAGAAAAACCGAAAGAUAGUGACAAGAAGCAAGAAGAUAAUAAAUUAAUCAUCAAUUAUGAUAUGGUUAAUGAGGUCAAAGAAGGAAAAAAAAUUGAGCAGCAAGAGGAUAAUAAAUCGAAAGAUAAUGACAAGAAGCAAGAAGAUAAUAAAUUAAUCAUCAAUAAUAAUAUGGAUAGAGAGGUCAAAAAAGAAGAAAAAUUUGAGGAGCAAGGGAAUAAUAAAUCGAACGAUAAUGACAAGAAGCAAGAAGAUAAUAAAUUAACCAUCAGUAAUAAUUAUUAUAUUAUCAAUGUGGUCAAAGAAGGAAAAAAAGUUGAGAAGCAAGAAAAAUCAAAAGAUAGUGACAAGAAGCAAGAAGAUAAUAAAUUAAUCAAUAAUGAUAAUCUGGAAAAAUUUGAGGAGCAAGGGAAUAAUAAAUCGAACGAUAAUGACAAAAAGCAAGAAAAUAUUAAAUUAACCAUCAGUAAUAAUAAUUAUAUUAUCAAUGAAGUCAAAGAAGAAGAAAAAGUUGAGGAGCAAGAAAAAUCAAAAGAUAGUGACAAGAAGCAAGAGGAUAAUAAAUUAAUCAUCAAUAAUAAUAUUCAUAUUAUCAAUGAGGUCAAAGAAGGAAUAAAAGUUGAGCAGCAAGAAGAUAAUAAAUUAAUCAAUAACGAUAAUAUUCUUUCAUUUGGAAUUUUUUUGGCUGCAUUGGAUCAAACUAUUAUUGUAACAACUUUGCCCGCCAUUGGUAAAGAAUUUCGAAAAUUUGAUCAAAUAACAUGGAUAGGCACGGCCUACCUACUAACUGCGACAGCUUCUCAACCAACUUAUGCAAAGCUUACGGAUAUUUUUGGACGGAAAGGUCCAUUUUUGUCUGCAGUUAUAAUCUUCGUAAUUGGAAGCGUUGUAUGUGGUGCAGCCCCCAAUAUUAAUGCAUUAAUCGUAGGUCGUGCUAUUGCAGGUUUAGGUGGUGGUGGUAUUUUGGGAUUGGUGCUAGUAAUAGUUGCAGAGAUGGUUCCAACAGAACAACGUGGCAAAUAUCAGGGAAUUAUUGGUGGUUUCUUUGCUAUUUCAUCUGCUAUAGGUCCUAUUUUAGGUGGAAUAUUUGUAGAUUAUGUAACUUGGAGGUGGUCGUUUUAUAUUAAUGUACCAUUAAGCGCAAUUACUUUAAUAACAGUAAUUUUUUUUUUUCAUCCACCAAAUAAUAAUAAGAAACAAGAAUCAUUAAUAGAAAAAUUAAAACGAGUUGAUUGGUGGGGAACUUUAGUUUUAACAACCUCAAUAUUUUUAAUAUUAUUAGCAUUUAAUUGGGGUGGUGCUAAAUAUGAAUGGUAUCAUCCUGCAAUAAUUGUAUUAUUGUGUGUUGGCGGGAUUGGCUUUUUAUUAUUUGCUUUUAUUGAAGGAUAUGUUGCAAAGGAACCACUCACUCCAGCUCUAUUAUUUAAGAAACGUUCAAGUGUCGCAUCUUUUGCUGUUACAUUUUUUCAAGGAAUGUCAUUCUUUACUUUGGUAUAUUUUGUGCCAUUAUAUUUUCAAUUAGUUAAAGGAUCAUCAGCAACAGUUUUUGCCACAAUAUUCGCCGGUAUAUUGAUUACUCUCUUAAAGAAAACAUCAUAUUGUACACAUUUGUGUAUACUAGGGUCAGUAUUAAUAACAAUCGGUACAGGACUGAUUAGUACAUUUACAGAAAAUAGCACAAGAGGUGAAUUGACUGGCUACUUGAUAAUAGCUGGUAUUGGAGCUGGUCUGAUUAUGCCAACUACCAUUUCAUUUGUACAGAUUAUCGUUCCAAAAGAGCACAUUGCAGCUGCUUCUUGCUUAAUUUCUUUGUUUAGAACAAUUGGUGGAGUUUUUGGCAUAGCAAUAGUAGGUGUAAUACUUAAUAACGAUAUAAACAAUCAUAUGAAUGACCUUGUGGGUGCACUUUUUACUCCAUCACCCCUUGAAAAGUCUCAACAAUUAACACCAUUUCUCAAGGAUGCAUUGUCUAGUUUUAAUGAUAUUGACAUUGAUAAUUUACCACCAGCAGUUAAAAUUACAUUCACAGCUUCUCAACCAACUUAUGCAAAGCUUACGGAUAUUUUUGGACGGAAAGGUCCAUUUUUGUCUGCAGUUAUAAUCUUCGUAAUUGGAAGCGUUGUAUGUGGUGCAGCCCCCAAUAUUAAUGCAUUAAUCGUAGGUCGUGCUAUUGCAGGUUUAGGUGGUGGUGGUAUUUUGGGAUUGGUGCUAGUAAUAGUUGCAGAGAUGGUUCCAACAGAACAACGUGGCAAAUAUCAGGGAAUUAUUGGUGGUUUCUUUGCUAUUUCAUCUGCUAUAGGUCCUAUUUUAGGUGGAAUAUUUGUAGAUUAUGUAACUUGGAGGUGGUCGUUUUAUAUUAAUGUACCAUUAAGCGCAAUUACUUUAAUAACAGUAAUUUUUUUUUUUCAUCCACCAAAUAAUAAUAAGAAACAAGAAUCAUUAAUAGAAAAAUUAAAACGAGUUGAUUGGUGGGGAACUUUAGUUUUAACAACCUCAAUAUUUUUAAUAUUAUUAGCAUUUAAUUGGGGUGGUGCUAAAUAUGAAUGGUAUCAUCCUGCAAUAAUUGUAUUAUUGUGUGUUGGCGGGAUUGGCUUUUUAUUAUUUGCUUUUAUUGAAGGAUAUGUUGCAAAGGAACCACUCACUCCAGCUCUAUUAUUUAAGAAACGUUCAAGUGUCGCAUCUUUUGCUGUUACAUUUUUUCAAGGAAUGUCAUUCUUUACUUUGGUAUAUUUUGUGCCAUUAUAUUUUCAAUUAGUUAAAGGAUCAUCAGCAACAGUUUUUGCCACAAUAUUCGCCGGUAUAUUGAUUACUCUCUUAAAGAAAACAUCAUAUUGUACACAUUUGUGUAUACUAGGGUCAGUAUUAAUAACAAUCGGUACAGGACUGAUUAGUACAUUUACAGAAAAUAGCACAAGAGGUGAAUUGACUGGCUACUUGAUAAUAGCUGGUAUUGGAGCUGGUCUGAUUAUGCCAACUACCAUUUCAUUUGUACAGAUUAUCGUUCCAAAAGAGCACAUUGCAGCUGCUUCUUGCUUAAUUUCUUUGUUUAGAACAAUUGGUGGAGUUUUUGGCAUAGCAAUAGUAGGUGUAAUACUUAAUAACGAUAUAAACAAUCAUAUGAAUGACCUUGUGGGUGCACUUUUUACUCCAUCACCCCUUGAAAAGUCUCAACAAUUAACACCAUUUCUCAAGGAUGCAUUGUCUAGUUUUAAUGAUAUUGACAUUGAUAAUUUACCACCAGCAGUUAAAAUUACAUUCAUGCGUAUAUUUGUGAUUUCAUUCCAAACUGCUUUUAAAGUUGAUAAUCAAAAUCAUAUUACUGCAUCGUUAUCAUGUUUGUGGAUUCAGAAAUCAAUCCCUUUACAAAAUGUUAAAGUCGAAGCAAAUGUUGUUGAUAUGAUUGCUGAAGAAGAUAAGAACAUUGAAGCAUUAUAUAAAUUUCCAAUUUAUGAAGCUGCAGCAAUUUGUGAUUUUGAAGCAGAAAUUGAUGGUAAAUAUAAAGUUAAAGGUAUUGUUAAAGAAGCAAAACAAGCUGCUUCUGAUUACAAUGAAGCUAUUGAGAAAGGAUAUAGUGCUUAUUUGCUUGAAGAACAAUUAUCAGAUGUAUUCCAAUGUUCAAUUGGAAAUCUAAAAAGUAAUCAGACAGUAGUUAUCAAAAUCACCUAUGUUACUGAACUUAAACAUGACUCAGAGAAUGAAAAAAUACGAUUUGUUUUGCCAACUUCUAUUGCAGAAAGAUAUGGAUCUUCUUCUUCUUCAACAGCUAAUUAUGGUAAAAAACUUGUACCUGAUGAUGUAAAAUAUUCUGGGAAAGCAAAUUAUCAAUUGGAUUUAAAAAUUAAUUGUAGAAUGACCUCAACCAUUCAAUCAAUUGAGUCUCCUUCUCAUUUGAUCUCUACUGAAUUAAAUGUUAAUGGCAAUCCCAAAACUUCUAAUGUUACUUUGGCUGAACAAAUUACUUAUUUAGAGAAAGAUUUUAUUUUAGUUGUCAAGAGUGAGGAUCUUGAUAAGCCAAGGGCAUUUCUUGAAUAUAACCCUAAAACAGAAUCUAAUUGUUUAAUGUUGACAUUAGUUCCAAAAUUUUCUUUAAAUCCAAUUCAAACAGAAAUAGUUUUUAUAAUUGAUAGAUCAGGAUCAAUGCAAGGUGAACCAAUUAAAAAAGCAGGCCAAGCAUUAGAACUAUUUCUACAUUCACUACCAGAAGAUUGUUACUUUAAUGUGGUAUCAUUUGGUAGUAGUCAUGAUUCACUAUUUCCAAAAUCUCAAGAAUACUCCCAAGAAACAUUGGAUAGAGCCAUCAACUUGGCAAAAAAUUUAGAUGCAAGAUAUGGUGGAACAGAAAUUUACAACCCUAUAAAAUGGGCACUUGAUAAUCAAUUGAAAACUAUGACCACCACUUUAUUUUUAUUGACAGAUGGUAAAGUUUGGGGAGUUGAUAAAAUCAUUGAAUUGAUUAAUCAAAAUGUUGAAGAUAAAAACAAUGAUUUAAGAAUUUUUACAUUGGGUAUUGGUGAUAAUGUUUCACAUAAUUUAGUGGAGUCAGUUGCUAGAUCUGGUAAUGGGUAUGCAGAAUUUGUUACUAAUAAAGAAAGAAUGGACAAGAAAAUUUUGGGAAUGUUGAAAAAUGCUGUUAAACCACCCAUCAAUGAUUAUAGAAUCAAAUGGACAACAAGUUAUGACAAACAAGAUGAAGAUGAAAAUAAACUCUUUAAUUAUUUGUUUGAAGAAAAAGAGGAAAAAUAG